GUCGAGCAAAGGUUGUUGAGAAAUGGUUCUGGUUAAAGACGAUUUGGUACAUCAACCCAACUUGAAGGAGCGUGGACGCAAGAAAGCGAUUGAGUCCAACAAUUUUCACCAAACGAAGAAUAAUGUGGUUGAAUGUAAAACAAAAGGAAAGAAAGAAUUGUCUCCAAAAGAAAGUCACAAACGUGAUCUGAACACGAGCGAAUCGAGUUUGAUGGAAAAUCUUUAUAACUUUGACAUCACGUUGUCAAGGAAUCUAAGCGUUUGUGCGGACAAAAAAUCAGGGAGAUGGAGAUCGCUGAUGAUUCUUCUUGAAAUCAGUGGGCACGGAGUUCCAUGGAUUGUUGGAACGGUGUUUUCUGUGAUAUUUUUCUCAGGUGUUAAACAAGAAUUCGCUUGUAAUUUGCUUCUAGCUCUGAUAUUCGAUCUAGUCGUGGUUGGAGGCUUAAAAGUUAUGGUGCGACGAAAAAGACCAGUAUACAACGAAGAAGACAUGUUUGCUACAGUGUCCGUGGAUAAUUACUCAUUUCCUUCUGGUCACUCUACACGAGCUGCGAUGGUUGCAGGUUUAUUUGCAAUGUUUAUUGAAAAUGGACUUUGGAGAAUUCUGAUUGGUUGUUGGGCCCUGUGCGUGUCGAUGUCUCGUAUCAUACUUGGCAGACAUCACGUGAGUGAUGUGUUCUGUGGUGUUUUGAUUGGUUUGUUACAGUGCUGGACUAUUUGCACCAUUUGGUUGGCAUCCAAGACCUGCCAGGAACUCUUGUCACUUAUACCAUAUUUCUAUGAACUAAGGAAGCAAGGUCAUGUGUUGUUUCAGAAUUGAUAUUGGUAGACAGUAACACGAAAAAGAGACUAUCCUGUCUUUAGCUGACCUUGCUUCUACCCAGGACUAUCACUCUUGGAAGAUGCAAGUAGACUUCGUCAUUUCUUUAUUGUGCUUUCUAAAGGAUUUCUCAUGUAUAUAGAACUUUCUUGGGAUCAAUAUCAGUAUCUGGGCAACUGCCCACCUACCCCUCCCCUAACCCAACAUUAACCUUAACUUGUUGUCAAUUAACUGUUGUUGAGUUAGGGGAGGAGUAGGUGGGCAGUUGCCCAGAUACUGAUAUUGAUCCCUUUCUUGUUCUAUUAACUUUUUAUUUUGACACAUUUGCAGUCAAGAUCAGGCCCUGGUUGUUCGAGGGUAUAAAAUGCUAUGCACUGUAUAGAUCUCCAUCCUUUGGAUAGUACAGUAUGUUUUGUUAACACUUAUCAGCUGAAAUAUGGUAUGUAAAUCACCCUUGUUUUGUCUCUAUAACAGAAUCAUCUUAAGAAGAUAAAGGAGUAUCUUGCUUUCAGAGAACCUUUAAUUAACAACAGUAUGAGUAAAAUAACUUUCAUUAGUUCUAUAUAGAGGCCUCACAGCCUCUUCAUUUGACAUACAUUAAGGUCAAAUUAAGCAGAAACUAUUAACUGGGGAUUGAUGGCCAAAGCAGAUCUCUGUCUUGUUUCAAAAAUUUUAAGGCCAUAUUUGUAAAGGGUCAAAGCAUCAAGUGCUUAUAUAUUUGUCUUUUUGUCUUCAAUGCUUUUGAUACUUUAUGAUCCUGUCUUGAUAUGUUGGUCCUACCCAAACUUCCAUCACUUAUUCUCAACCAUCACAUAGUUACAAUGCAACAAAAAUUAGGUUAUCUUAUUGUCUCUUGUGAUUCUAUCCAUGGUAACAUAUAAAGCAAUUAUCCCAUGAAAGCAUGUACAUCACUGAAAACAAUAAAAAAAACUAAGAAG